ACAUAAGUUUAGUUCUUCAAAAACCAUCUUCUUUCUUUCAUUCUUUUUAUUAGCUCCUAAAUUAACCUAAUUAGCUUAGAAAACUAACUUUUUAGUAUCCUCUUUCUUCUUUUAAUUUGUUCAUUUAGCUUAACACCAUAGCCAUGGUUUCUCCAGCUGUUGCUCGAUUCGCCGUCGGUAUUCUAGGGAAUAUCAUCUCUUUCUCCCUCUACUUAUCACCCAUGCCAACAUUUAUGCGGAUAUGCAAGAAGGGAUCAGUAGAACAAUACUCAGCAACUCCAUACUUACUCACCUUCUUCAACUGCAUGCUUUGGACAAUUUAUGGCAUGCCAUUUAUCCAACCAAACAACAUAUUACUCUCUACAAUAUCUGCUAGUGGCUGCUUAAUUGAGUUCAUAUAUUUGAUGCUCUUCAUCAUUUACACUGGUAACAAGAAAAAUAGGAUAUUCUUGAUCCUUCUUGUUCUUGGUGAAAUACUCGUCGUUGCCAUUGCUUUAACCUUGGUUCUAAUCUUCACUCACACCUCUAAACAACGGACUCUCAUUUUUGGCUUACUUGGUGAUGUUAGUGGUGUUCUCAUGUAUGCCGCUCCAUUAGCCAUCAUGAAACAGGUGAUCAAAACAAAAAGUGUGGAAUUUAUGCCACUAGCUGUUUCAGUGACUUGUUUUGGUAGUGCUGUUAUUUGGACUCUAUAUGCCAUCCGCCCAUUCGAUCCCUUUGUUGUUGCACCAAAUGGGAUAGGAUGUUUUCUUGGGCUGGCCCAGUUAAUGCUUUAUGCAGCAUAUUACAAGUCCACUAAGCAACAAAUGGACGAAAGAAAAGUUGCGGAGAUUGAGAAAGUUGAGAUGGGCCUUAAAGAAGUUAUUGUGGUCACAAGGGAGUCCAACAAGGUCAAUAGCCUCCCUGAAAAUGACUAUUCUGCCCCUCCUAAGCCUAAAGAAAAUGAUUUUGCCUCUAAUCUUUAAUUUUGUAAUUAUAGUAGUAGUGAAGCCUUCUACUAUAAAUGUUUUACUUCUUGUCAUAUAUCUAGUAAUCAUUUGUUUGGAGGGAGUAUUUUUAUUGGAAAUAAAUAUUUUUCUAUGUCAUUUUAUUUAUAUUA